UGAGUGACCUGCCCUUGCAGAGAGGCUCCUGAGAGCCCCUAAAAAGCAGGCGCUCGGUGGAGCAGGAGACAAUGGGCCAUAGCAACCAGCUUCAACAUUAUAAAAAGAGUACAUUUCCUCCACUUCUGAAUACUUAUCAGGCACUUCCUGGCAGAACUGAGGGUGACGGAAACCAAAAACAAAUGAUCAAAGAUAAAAAAAGGCAGAAGAGUAACAACCAGCCAACACUUUGUGAGGUAGACAAAGAAGAAGUAAUGAAACAGGCCCUUUUGGAACAGCGUCAUCAUGAAACGUACAAGAAUCUCCAGAAGCUGAAAAAUGCCAUGUAUGUGCACCAUAAAGAUUUACUGAAUAAGAAAGUUCAAAAGCAGCAAAUUCAGAUCCAAAUGUCUGAUCUCAGGUUCAAGCAAAUUCUUGAACACCAAGGAAGAAAAAAGUGUACGCCUCGACGUCAAGUGCCCUGCUGCAGAUUAUCUCAUGAUGCUAAGUACCUUGAGUCUAUUCCACAGUCCAGUAAUUAUCUGAUUGUAGGAUUGCAGAAUGAACUGAUUAGACAAGGAAUCUUAAAGAGCCAGCAAGAUUAUGAAGACUUUUGGACACUGAUCCUAGAAGGCAGUCACAAUACACAGCUUAAAGAGAAACUUCAGGCUGUAAAAUCAAAAAUGAUUGCUCUUAAGUCUUCACCUUCACAUGCUCAUGGGAGAAGCAGUGCAACAGAAUUAACCAAAGCUCUUCUGAACAAAUGCUACGGACAGCUGAAAAAAAACUCAGAAGCUGUACUGGGAUCAGCAUCCCACCAACCUCCAAUUCAUCAUCCAAGCAAACAUAUGAAGCCCCAAGAAGAAACUGAGCAAAUAUUUCCUAAGAUGCUGUUUUCUUGGCUUUCUGAAUUGCAAAAAAAUCCUGAAGAGCAAUCCAGAACUUGGCAGGUGAGCAAAACUUGGAAAAGGAAUAGGAAGCAUUAUGAACAUGAAAGGCAUCUCAUUUAUUUGCACCAUAUGUAUUAUCUCGCACUUCUUAAUAUGAAAUCAUCCAAAAGGCUGCUGGAGAAAAAUGGCCAGUUUGCAGUGACUGAACAAGAAUAUGAUGUCCAUGACCUGAUGGAUUAUUUGUUUCCAAAUCAUCAUAAACAACCUGGAACCAGCCCCACUGAAAGAGAGCGAAGAGAAAAUGUACUUCCAGUUUUGAUGAGAAAGAAGCAGCAGGAGCAACAUCACAGGGGCCCCUCCAAAAUGAGCAGAGUUUUUAAAGGCUUGAGAAAUGGGUCAGAGCAAAAACAAGAUGAAGAUAGAGGAGACACUGAAGUUUUGAAGGAUCAGAAAUCCAAUGUCCAUGUCCUGCCUGAAAUGAUCCCUGUGCCUCUAACCCUGGAAGAUGUGGUUCUGAAGAAUCGGGUUGUGGAGGCAAAAUCAGCAGUUACUUACUGGAUAAAUUAUGCAGACAAAGAAGCAGCCCUUUCCUAAGCUGGAAAACGACGGAAAAAAUAUAGAAUUCAAAAUAGGAAUAAUCAAGUGCAGUUUUGUAUUUGUAGAUCAAAGAGCUACAUAACUUGCAGACUCUGAUAUGUAAAAUAUGAAAUCCAUAUACUGUCACUUUACUUCUUACAAUCCUGAUCCUAUUUGAAAUAAAGGGGAAUUUUGCCAUUCAUUUAAAUUAGACCACUAUUAUGUAAUGUUUAAAAAGAUAUGGUAUAUGUGUCUUAUUUUAUGAAAACCAAUAAUUUACUGUGGUAUUUUGCUAGCCAGCAAAUUGACUUGUGCUCCUGUAGUGAAGACUGUUUGUGAUUAAAUCAGUGAUAAUUUCUCAACUUGAACUCUCACAUGGAGCAGUGACAUCAAAGGAAGGAAAUAAAGAGGGUAAGCGUACUUUAAGUGAUCAAUUACUGAGACGCAAGAUUUCCUUCUGAGAAAGCAGACAAAUUGUCUAUGGCAACCCGUUAGAAAUGUACUCAGCUUCAAAAAUAUACAAGUUCUGUAUGGUCUUAUAGUAAUUUCUCUCUAUAUAAUCCAUAUUUCAAGCCUCUUAGUA